UUCCUUCCCCAACCCAUUCUGAAAGCCUCCCGGCAACCACCCCUUUAUAAACCACACACACACGCAAAGCAAAGCACAUCUCGUCUCCACCCACAGAAAUCCAUCCUCAUCUUCUUCCUCCUCCUCCUUUCUCUCUAGCCACGAACCUUUCUUUCUCAAAGGCAAAGAGCACCGACCGGGGUUUCAUUUCUCAAACUCUCUUGGAUCAAUGGAGCUCGACUGCGCCACCGAGCUGCGCCUCGGCCCUCCUGGAACCAGCAGCACCAGCGCCGGUGAUCACCAGACCGCGGCGCCCAAGAGGCCGUCGGCGAAGCGCACGCUCGACGACACGCGGAGCGAGGCCUCGGGGACCGGGUCGGCCGCCGCCGCCGCCGGGGACGAAGACCAGGACACCACCACAGCUGCCAAGGCGCAAGUGGUUGGGUGGCCGCCGGUGAGGGCAAGCAGGAGGAACACCGCCCAGGCAGCGGCCAAGAAGGCUGAGCAGUUGUUUGUGAAGGUUAGCAUGGACGGGGCACCGUACCUCAGGAAGGUGGACCUGAGGAUGUGCAAGGGGUACAGGGAGCUCAGGGAGGCACUGGAUGUGCUCUUCUUCACCAAGUCCUCCUCCGCCGCCGCCGCCGACCAGCUCGCCGUCGCCUACGAGGACAAGGACGGCGACCUCAUGCUAGUCGGAGACGUGCCAUGGGAUAUGUUCAUCUCUUCCUGCAAGAAGCUGAGGAUAAUGAAGGGGUCUGAAGCCAGAUGAUGAUUUGGUGAGGGAAAGCUAGCACAGGCUCUGUCUGCGACACCAUGACACGUGGGGAAUGGAUCAAUGAUCUGCAAGAACCAUGGCUGUACAGAGAGGUUGAGCAGAGCAGUGCCUGUUGCUGCUGCCUGCAUCCAAGAGGGAGAAAGAUGGUGUAUGGAAGUUGUAUAUAGUUCCCCAUCUCUUUUCUUUUUCAGUUUGAGUUUUUGUAUGGGCGAAUGCUGAGAAAAGAAACAAGAAAAAAGGAUUUGACUUACCUGAAGA